GGUAAUGAAUAUGUACACAAGGUCCUGUUCGUUGGACUGCUCCCUCUAGGCCAAGCAAGUUUCCUUUCUGGACUUAACAAUGUUGGGCAUUACCCAAUGCAUAUCUUACCCGGUACACAUGGGCAUGCCUAUUUCUCAGACAUGUUUGGUUUCACGGAGAAAGAAGUUGAGUUCUUGCUAAGUAAAAGUGAUCGGAAAUCUGAACUCGAUAAUUUGUGCACUCAUUACAAUAGAUAUCGAACAAGUACCAAUGAGCGUAUCUACAACCCUCACUCAGUUAUAUCAUCCUUGCAAAAGGUUAUUGUCGGGGAUUACUGGAUAAAUAGUGGUCAAGCAUUUACAAUUAAAGAAUGUCUAAAAAAAUGUAGCCAAGAUAUUGAAGAUCAGCUUCAAAGUCUUUACUAUGCAUUUUAUUCAUUGCAAGAUGAUGAUUCGUUACAAAACCAGCCAGACAUAAACACGAUCUACACAUUACUGUGUUAUAGUGGCUACUUGAUCGUAAAAUUUGAUAAUGAAUUCAAAACCAAACUUGUUAUACCAAACAAGGAAGUUGCUAAACAAUGGAAAGAGUGGAUUAUCGAUUUCUUAGGUGUAGAUCAGCUAAAAGUGAAUGAAAUAUUUAAUUCGUUAUUCAAGAAAGAUAUCAAGACGGUUUGUGAACAAUUUCUCGCUCUUUAUAUUGAAAUGGUUUCCUAUCAUGAUAUUGGUGAUUCUAAAAGAGCUAGAUCAUAUGAGAGUCAGUACCAUAAUUUUAUCCUUGGAGCACUUUCAAUGUAUCAUGGUGAUGAUUACCAGGUUUUGUCCAAUCGUGAAAGUGGGAAUGGUCACUUCGAUAUCUGCAUUAACCUAGUUAACCAAAAAUUCGAUACUUGUAUCAUUUUUGAGUUUAAACUUGCUGAAUCGGAAGACCGUGAUAAAAUGAAAACUAGCACUAAGAAUGGGCUAGAUCAAAUUGCUGAUAGGAACUAUCGGUCAAAUACUAAAAACUAUAUCGAGACGAUAGUUGAGGUUGCUAUUGCCUUCUGUAAAAAAAGCAGCUUCGUCUCUGCUCAACUUUUACGAUGUAAAAAAGAUGAAAAAAAAG